GUGGUCCUCAGGUCUGGGAGAAGAACUGAGACCUGGGGAAGGAAAGAGGUGUCUGUGUUUCCCAGACUACCAGGACGCUGUCCUCUUCCAGCAGAUUUGGAAACUACGUGUUGGUAGUCAAUAUCCAUCGUGAAAUCAUGGACGUCACUGGGCCUUCUGGUUUGCAGCCUGGAGAAAGAGCCUCAAGCUGCCCGCAGGAGGGCAUGCCGGGGCCUUCAGACAGCUUAGAACUGGUGCAGGGGUGCUUGCAGCAAUUCGCGGUGACAAGGACACAGCUGCAGCAGAUCCAAGCCAGCCUUCUGUGCUCCAUGGAGCAGGCACUGAAGGGGCAGGACGGCCCUGCCCCUUCUGUCCGGAUGCUGCCCACAUACGUGGGGUCCACGCCGCAUGGCACUGAGCAGGGGGAUUUCCUGGUGCUGGAGCUGGGGGCCACAGGAGCCUCACUACGUGUGCUGUGGGUGACACUGACAGGCACCCAAGAGUAUCAUGUGGAGCCCAGGAGCCAGGAGUUCGAGAUUCCGCAGGAGGUGAUGCUGGGUCCCGGCCAGCAGCUCUUUGACUUCGCUGCCCGCUGCCUGUCUGAAUUCCUAGAUGCUCACCCUGUGAAGAAUCAGGAUCUGAAGCUUGGGUUCAAUUUCUCUUUUCCUUGUCACCAGACAGGCUUGGACAAGGUGAGGUGGGGCCAUACAGGGCCAGCUCGGGCAAAGAGGGCAACACUAACCCUGAUUCUCUACCCCCAGAGCACCCUCAUUUCCUGGACAAAAGGUUUUAGGUGCAGUGAUGUGGAAGGCCAGGACGUGGUCCAGCUGCUGAGAGAUGCCAUUCAGAGGCAGGGGACCUACAGUAUUGACGUGCUGGCCAUAGUGAAUGACACAGUGGGCACCAUGAUGGGCUGCGAGCUGGGUGCUGGGCCCUGUGAAGUCGGGCUUAUUGUGGACACUGGUACCAAUGCCUGCUACAUGGAGGAGGCGCGGCACGUGGCCGCCCUGGAUGAGGACCGCGGCCGCACCUGUGUGAGCGUCGAGUGGGGCUCCUUCUGUGACGAACAAGCCCUCGGGCCAGCACUGACCACCUUCGACCGUGCCCUGGACCACGAGUCCCUGACUCCUGGUGCUCAGAGGUUUGAGAAGAUGAUUGGGGGCCUGUACUUGGGUGAGCUGGUACGGCUGGUACUGGUCUACUUGGCCCAGCAUGGGCUCCUCUUUGGUGGCUGCACCUCUCCUGCGUUGCUGAGUCAAGGCAGCAUCCUCCUGGAGCAUGUGGCUGAGCUGGAGGACCCCACCACUGGGACAGCCCGUGCCCACACAAUCCUGCAGGACCUGGGUCUGAGCCCACAGGCCUCAGAUGCUCAGCUCGUGCGGCGCGUGUGCGCGGCCGUGUGCGCUCGGGCUGCCCAGCUCUGUGCUGCUGCCCUGGCCGCUGUCCUCUCCCGCCUCCAGCACGGCAGGGAGCAGCAGGCACUGCGAGUGGCUGUGGCCACCGGAGGGCGAGUGCUCGAACGGCAGCCCAGGUUCCAGCGCACCCUAAAGGAGACAGUAGCGUUCUUGGCCCCAGAAUGUGAUGUCUCCUUCAUCCCUUCUGUGGAUGGUGGUGGCCGGGGCGUGGCAAUGGUGACAGCUGUGGCUGCCCGACUGGCUGCCCACAGGCACAUCCUGGAGGAGACGCUGGCACCAUUUCGGCUGACCUUGGAGCAGCUGGCUGUGGUGCAGGCACAAAUGCGGGAAGCCAUGGUCAGGGGCCUUCGGGGAGAGGCCUCCUCCCUCCGAAUGUUGCCCACUUACGUACGAUCCACACCCGAUGGCACCGAGCGAGGUGACUUCCUGGCCUUGGACCUCGGGGGCACCAACUUCCGUGUCCUGUUGGUACGUGUGGCGGAAGGCAGUGUGCAGAUCACCAACCAGGUCUACUCUAUCCCCGAGUGUGUGGCCCAGGGCUCUGGACAGCAGCUCUUUGAUCAUAUCGUGGACUGCAUCGUGGACUUCCAGCAGAGGCAGGGCUUGAGCGGACAGAGCCUGCCUCUGGGUUUCACCUUCUCUUUUCCAUGCAAGCAGCUUGGCCUGGAUCAGGGUAUCCUUCUGAACUGGACUAAGGGCUUCAAGGCGUCAGGCUGUGAGGGCCAGGAUGUGGUGCAUCUAUUACGGGAAGCCAUUAGGCGCAGACAGGCUAUGGAGUUGAAUGUGGUUGCCAUUGUCAAUGACACAGUGGGGACCAUGAUGUCCUGUGGCUAUGAUGAUCCCCGUUGUGAGAUGGGCCUCAUUGUUGGAACCGGCACCAACGCCUGCUAUAUGGAGGAGCUCCAGAAUGUGGCCAGCGUGGCCGGGCACUCGGGCCUCAUGUGCAUCAACAUGGAGUGGGGCGCCUUUGGGGACCACGGCUCACUGGGUACGCUCAGCACCUGCUUUGAUGCUCGUGUGGACCAGGCAUCCAUCAAUCCAGGCAAACAGAGGUUUGAGAAGAUGAUCAGUGGCAUGUACCUAGGGGAAAUCGUUCGCCACAUCCUCCUGCACCUGACCAGCCUCGGCGUUCUCUUCCGGGGCCGGAAGAGUCGCUGCCUCCAGACCAGGGGCAUCUUCAAGACCAAGUUCCUCUCUGAGAUUGAAAGCGACAGCCUGGCCCUGCGUCAGGUCCGAGCCAUCCUAGAGGACCUGGGGCUGACUCUGACCUCCGAUGACGCGCUGAUGGUCCUCGAGGUGUGCCAGGUUGUCUCUCGGAGGGCCGCCCAGCUCUGCGGGGCGGGCGUGGCUGCUGUGGUGGAAAAGAUUCGGGAGAAUCGUGGCCUGCAGGAGCUGACAGUGUCUGUGGGAGUGGAUGGGACGCUCUACAAGCUACACCCCCACUUCUCGAGGCUGGUGUCAGCUACAGUUGAGAAGCUAGCCCCUCACUGUACCGUCACCUUUCUGCAAUCCGAGGAUGGGUCCGGCAAAGGUGCGGCUCUGGUCACCGCUGUUGCCUGUCGCCUGACCCCGAUGGCCGUGUCUGAAGGAAUCUCCAAGAGUGGUGGGCUCUCCCUGGCCUGAGGCCUCAG